GCGAGGCCUGCGCGCAGCUAGGCAGCGGUUUGGGUCCGGCGCUGGGGGAUCGUACCAUGUCGCGCCCGAAGAAUCAAAAUUACAAGGGCCACGGAUUGUCAAAGGGAAAAGAGCGAGAGCAGAGAGCGUCCAUCCGAUUCAAGACCACUCUCAUGAAUACGCUCAUGGACGUCCUUCGCCACAGGCCAGGCUGGGUGGAAGUAAAGGAUGAAGGGGAGUGGGAUUUCUACUGGUGUGACGUCAGCUGGCUCCGGGAGAACUUUGACCACACCUACAUGGACGAGCACGUGCGGAUCAGUCACUUCCGAAACCACUACGAGCUGACCCGCAAGAACUACAUGGUCAAGAACCUGAAGCGAUUCCGGAAACAACUGGAGCGCGAGGCCGGAAAGCUGGAGGCAGCCAAGUGCGACUUCUUCCCCAAAACCUUUGAAAUGCCGUGCGAGUACCACCUGUUUGUGGAGGAGUUCCGCAAAAACCCGGGAAUCACCUGGAUCAUGAAGCCCGUAGCGCGCUCUCAGGGGAAGGGCAUCUUCCUCUUCCGGAGGCUGAAGGACAUCAUGGACUGGAGGAAGGGUACCGCAGGAAAGAAGCUCACUAGCUUAGAAGCCCCGCCAGCCCGCAGCACUGUCAAUCCUUCUGGAAGCCAUGAUGCAAGAAGUUCUGACGACCAAAAGGAUGAGAUCCCUGUGGAGAACUACGUGGCUCAGCGCUAUAUUGAAAACCCCUACCUGAUAGGAGGCCGCAAGUUUGACCUACGUGUCUAUGUGCUGGUGAUGUCGUACAUCCCGCUUCGAGCCUGGCUGUACCGGGAUGGCUUUGCCCGAUUCUCCAACACCCGCUUCACCCUGAGCAGCAUUGAUGACCAGUAUGUCCACCUCACCAAUGUUGCUGUGCAAAAGACAUCUCCUGACUACCACCCAAAGAAGGGCUGCAAGUGGAUGCUCCAGCGCUUCCGUCAGUACCUCGCGUCCAAGCACGGGCCUGAGGCGGUGGAGACGCUCUUCAGUGAUAUGGACAACAUCUUUGUCAAGAGCCUGCAGAGCGUGCAGAAGGUGAUCAUCAGUGACAAGCACUGCUUUGAGCUGUACGGCUAUGACAUCCUCAUAGACCAGACCCUCAAGCCGUGGCUCCUGGAGGUCAACGCCUCCCCAUCGCUGACAGCCAGCAGCCAGGAGGACUAUGAGCUCAAGACCUGCCUCUUGGAAGACACCCUGCAUGUCGUGGACAUGGAGGCCAGGCUCACAGGAAGGGAGAAGAGAGUGGGAGGCUUUGACCUCAUGUGGAAUGAUGGCCCUGUCAGCAGAGAAGAGGGGCCUCCUGACCUGUCUGGGAUGGGGAACUUUGUGGCCAACACACACCUUGGCUGCGUCAAUGACCGGAACAACCAGCUGAGGCAGCUGUUCCGCUCCCUUCAGAACCAGAAGAAAGUCUCCAGUUAGUCCUGGCUGCAGGGACAGCAACCUGACCAGGAGGUGCUCCCCCCACCCCGUCUCCUCCUCACCCAUUCCCAGCACAGCAGUACCUCCAAGCACUUACCUCCCUCCCUCUGGCCUGGCGGCAGCUUUGCAGACUAACCAGGCUACCGUCUGCUCUCCACUUCUCUGAGUCCCCACCCUGGGCACCUCUGCACCCAGAGACAGCUAAUCCCUGGGGCUGGAUGUGUCUUAACCUUGUGGGGCUAUUGGGCCCAGCGAGAACAGCUGCGGCAAGCCCUACUACUCCAGAAAGACCACAUCUAAUAAAUGAGCACAGGCCUUACUUACUUGGAGUCACUGCACAAUGGGCCCUGGCUCAGGGGAUGCUGUUGGCUGAAGCCAAGUCUUCCCGGAUUUGACCCUUUGAUGUCUCAAAGGUUAAAAUGAUCCCUCGGAAGGAAGGAUUCAGGGACUAGGGAACUGGUCUUAAGGCUGACUUGCAAAGCAAGCAGUUACUAGAUUGUAUUUACUGGGCUCUGGGGAAGGCUGAUUCUUAAGUACUUCUUUGUCUCCUUUCAACACCCGGACCUGGUGUGUCAGGGAACUCAUGGAGCUCCCCCAUCUGAAAACCAGUGGACCAGAACAUCCCCAUGUCUCAGAUGGACAAGGUAAGGAUCCGGAAGGCAGGGCUGCUAAGCAAGUGUCUUUGCAAAGGUGCACCCAUGAGUCAGCUGGGGGAUGCAGGUGCCUUCUGCGUCUUCCUGGGAGCUGAGCUUUUUAAACCAGAAAGCCUUGCUUGGCAGGCAAGGAGACGGCGUAGGGAGUUGGGCGAAAAGUCAAAAGUUCUGCAUUUUCUCCAUAUUCCCCAUUCCUAAGCCUCCUCUUGGUUUAAGAGAGAUUGCCACAGGGCAGGCUGUGGGCGAACGGCUCCAUGGGGGACCUACCUGUGGGACCCAGGUAGCACCGUUGCAACUCUCCCUGCUGCGUGACAGCUCUUGGGUUGCAAAUAGCAGAUUCUGAUUGCCUAGGGAAGGGCUGGGCAUUUGGAAGGAAAAAUACUGGCAAACCCCGGAAGUGAACCAUCUAGCCUUGGGAAGGCCAGAAGCCAAGCCACUCUGCGCCUCCUGCCUCCAGAGCAUGGGGACUUCCUUGCAUCCUUGUGACGGAGGCAAGACCAGGCACAGGCUCAUUUCCAGGACAGCCAAUCCGAUUGGCUCUCCUUUGGCUUAGCCACCACCCCACUAGACAGGCAGGUGUUAACGUUCAGAUAGGAAUCCUGGGCCAGGCAUACAUCCCAGGGACUGCAACAGCCAUGUCCAUGUGUCCUUUCACCCUUGUUCUCCAACCCUGCAGCUUCUGUCUUUGGGGCAGGUCCGGGGGGACGGGACACCAUGAGGCAGUGCGAGAACACAGAUGACUGGAUUAGACCCCUCUGUUCACUUGCUUUUCUCACUUACUACAUCUUGGAACUUACUCCCAGGGAGUGCUUAGACAGCUUCCUCAUUCUUGAUGACAGUGUACUGUAUUCCACUAUCUGAAGCUAUCUUUUUCUUUAACUAGUCUACUAUGGACAGACAUCUAGCUUCCGAUUCCAUCUCCCCACUUUAGGGAAAGCACAUGCUAUUCUACUUAAAUUCAAGACACAGAAUCAGGUAUGGGCCAAAUUUGGCUUAUGUAAGGUAUACUGUUUGGCCAACACCUAAGUCUCUGAAAAUCUCUGCAUUAGCAAUAUUUGAAAGACAAAAUUUAACUUAAAAAUCCAAAUUUCUAGCUCCUCUCGAAAACAACAACAAAAAUAAAACAUUAAGAUCUGGCCAUACCAGCCUAUGUUCCUGAAUCAUUAUGGGCUGAAGCCAAGUGGGGCGAGGGGACCAGGGGAGGCCAUUACCGUUGAUACUGCCUGUCGAGUCCUGCCAUCAUUUCCCAACAGGAGCCACUGUCCCUUCAUA